CAAGUCGAAUAGCGAGAUAUGCGGCGCCAACCGGCGACUUUAGUGUAUUUUUCUAGUGUUUUUGUCUAAGUGUGUGCAUCUGAUUUCGAUCUGUCAAUGUGUGUGUUUUCAUAAGAUGAAGUACUUUCAGUUCUGCCUGGUUCUGCUCUAUAGGAAUUUGGGUGCAGCAUUGUUCUUCUGUUUUGACUUCAGCGGGUGGGCGCGUACGCGGUGGCGCCGGCGCAGCGCGGCGUGUGUACGCCACUCUAAGCGUUCGCCGCCGCCCGAGGAACAUGCGCGCAGUGCGAUACCGCCGCGCCGUCAGACUGCGCGCACCAUGCUCAAUAUGAAACUAAAAGAGCGCUUAGCGCUUGGAAUCAGCGCUCUCCUAGUAUUCUUCACCCUUAUGUUAGUGGUGGACAUUCAAAUGGAUUAUGGAAUAUCCGGACAUAGAGUGCCGUUACACGGACGCGUCCGUAUUGGAGACGAAACGGAUAAAGGGCGCUCUGCCUAUAUUGAGUUCCGGAAGAGAUUCCUACAAAAAAGCAAUGUCGGCAAUAGUUCCCGAGAAUAUGAGCAAUCAGCGCCAAGCGAGACGAGCGGUGGUGCGGCAGACACUGAACCUAAAACUCCAGCACCACCAACAGACCGAUACGAGGACUUGCUGAAGAUCCUCCACGACCAGCUGCUAGGCAGAUCAGAUAGCAAUCCCGUCGUAGUACCCCCACACCGGGACUUAAACGUUCUAAGGCCGGAGAAUCCUACUAUUGGAGAGAUGGAGGACUUAGAACCUAGUAUAAAUGCAUCAAAUUUGGAGAAACUUCAAUUGAAGAUAGCUCAGCAUGAAUUAUAUGAAGACGGUGAGCCGUUAGUCGAUGCUGUACUAAAAGAUAUGGCAACUUCGACUGUUAUACAUGCUGAGCAAAAGGAGGGCGGUACACAACUCAAGUUAAUCAUCGACUAUCCAAAUGGUGUGCAAGCGCUUUUUAAGCCCAUGAGAUUUGCCAGAGAUGUACAGACGUUGCCAAAUCACUUCUACUUUUCGGAUUACGAACGGCAUAAUGCUGAAAUAGCGGCAUUUCAUUUAGACAGGAUAUUGGGCUUCCGCCGUGCCAUGCCGGUCGUGGGUCGAGUACUUAACAUGACCACGGAGAUUUAUGACGUCACCGAAGGCGACAUCCUGAAGACCUUUUUCGUGUCGCCAGCGAACAAUUUCUGCUUUCACGGAAAAUGUUCGUAUUACUGCGACACUGGACAUGCUAUUUGCGGGAACCCUGACAUGCUGGAAGGAAGUUUUGCCGCGUUUCUCCCGUCAUCUGACAUAGCUGAACGGAAGGUAUGGCGACACCCUUGGAGAAGAUCAUACCAUAAAAGAAGAAAAGCCCAAUGGGAACUACAAUCGGAUUACUGUGAUACGGUCCGCACAACAGCGCCAUACGAUUCGGGACGGAGGUUACUCGACUUGAUGGAUAUGUCCAUUUUCGACUUCUUGACCGGUAACAUGGACCGGCAUCACUACGAGACAUUCAAGAUGUUUGGUAAUGAAUCGUUUACCUUACAUUUGGACCAAGGGCGAGCAUUCGGCAAGGCAUUCCAUGAUGAGCUGAGUAUCUUAGCUCCUCUGCUUCAGUGUUGCACAGUUCGACACACCACUCUCUCUAUAUUGCUCAAAUUUCAUAACGGGACACCACUUUCAAAAGUGUUGCGGGAUACAAUGCAGGCAGAUCCAGUCUCUCCAAUCUUGUGGGAGCCCCAUCUCGCUGCACUCGAUAGAAGAAUUACCAUAAUACUAGACGCCAUCAGAAAGUGCGUGCAGAAAUCUGAAGGCCCGUUACAGAAUGAAGUGAACGACUUCAUAUGACCGCUGACAAUAUUAUAGUUUAACUGGACUAAUUGUCGCCAUGAAAAAGUGAUACAAAUGUGAUGAAAAUGAUGAUGAAGGUGAUAAAUUAAAUACAAAGGGUUGUUGCAAUCAGCGGAAAUGUGCUAGUCGUCGUGUCUCAUAGUGACAAAGCAAAGCUA